GCCUGUUAAUUCCCGUAGCACCUGAACGCAACAAAGUCAACUGGGUGUGGAUGAAAUGCGCAUGUCUGUCGCUGAGCUUUGUCGGAAGCAAAGUCGGGUUUAUCCGGGGGUCUACAUCAAAAAAGCAAAUAAAAGGAGCCAUGUCGGGGUUUCUGGACGGAAUCCGGUGUGGAGACUGUGAGUGUAAUGUGGACUGGGGGGAGAGGAGGAACACCAUCGCGUCAAUCGCCGCAGGAGUGCUGUUCUUCACUGGCUGGUGGAUCAUCAUUGAUGCAGCGGUGAAGUAUCCUGAUCAGGGGACGUUUCAUCAUGCCUAUCACACCUGUGGAGUCAUCGCUACGUUGGCUUUCCUCAUGAUUAAUGCCGUGUCAAAUGGCCAAGUCAGAGGAGACAGCUACAGUGAAGGCUGCAUGGGUCAGACGGGCGCACGGGUCUGGCUGUUUAUCGGCUUCAUGCUGGCGUUUGGUUCUCUUAUUGCCUCCAUGUGGAUUCUGUUCGGGGGGUUCGUGGUGCCUCAGAAGCCUAUUGUUUACCCUGGUAUUGCCGUUUUCUUCCAAAAUGCGUUCAUUUUCUUUGGGGGUUUGGUCUUCAAGUUUGGACGUACAGAGGACCUGUGGCAGUAAUGGACGGUGUGUUUUUAUGUCCACUCUUCUACACUUUCUGCUUUCUGUCCUGUGUGAGACGACGCUUUUAGUGGACGUCCACUAAACACAUGAUAUAAUAUGUGAGAGAUAACUUUAAUUUAAACUCUUUGCUAUAUAAUAGCUAAAUCAUAGCUAAGCACAAAGUAUAACAGAUUCCCUGUAAGUCUGGAUAUGUAGCCAUGUUAGUUUGAACAUGUUUUGUUUAUAUUUUUAUUUUUUUGGAGAUUCAUUUCCCUAAAGUGUUGUUUUUUUUAAAAUAUAUAAAUAACAACCUUUAAUUUCAACUGAUAAAGUGGGAAGUUUGUAAAUUAUUUUGAUGAAACUCUUGACUUGCGACACUGUAAACACACAUGAAUACGUACAUAUACUGAAUGUAAUUGUAUAAGGUUGUUUGUAUUUCUGUCAUACGCUGUUGUCAGCUCUGCAGACACGACGUCCGUCAGGUUCAUGCUUCUCAGUCGUUUUGUCUUUGGUUGGCCUGAAACCAGUAGACGUUUUGUGUCUUGUUGUUGAAUUUUACCGCAACAGUUCAUCUGCUUCUUCUUCCACCCAAACCAUGAGGUCUUUUUCUGGUAAUCUUGGCAACAUUAAAACAAACAAACAAACCAAA